AUGAUGAGGCUCACUGGAGCUUUGUCAAAUUUGACCAGCCUGAGCCUGUCGGGUUGCAGCAAAAUCAGCGACGAAGGGAUCGAAGUGAUUGCGGAGCACAUGAGACGACUCAAAUGCCUCGACUUGUCAUGGUGUCCCAGGCUGACGGACGCGGCCUUGGAAUACAUUGCGUGCGACCUGGGCCAGCUGGAGGAGCUGGCCCUUGACAGGUGCAUACUGGUGACGGAUAUCGGUCUCGGCUACCUCAGCACAAUGGUGACCAUUACUUUUUUGUCUCUGCGAUGGUGUCCUCAAAUAAGGGACUUUGGAAUGCAACAUAUCUGUGGGAUGAGGAAUUUGCGCAUCCUUUUCCUCGCUGCCCCAUUGGAAAGUCAUUGUGGCCCUGACAUUGGGCUAACAGCCGUUUGGUCACUGCCCAACGUCUGA